GCUAUUUUUAAGCCCAGUCGCCGUUGCGCCUCUAUUUUGAGCCGUCUGGUGCGUCGCGUGCUCUCGGCGUUUUCUAUCUCUCUCUCUCUCUCUCGCUCCUUUGGCUCCUUUGGCUCCUCGUUCGCUACGACUCGGCUAAAAACUCUUCCAUCUGAUAUUUUCUUGGGUUGUUUUUUCUCUCCCAGCUCGACGUGUGCCCGCGUACCGCAGCAGCACUUUUGCCCCGCACACAGGCAACCCAAAAGUGUAUGCGACCGACCGACCGGGCGUGUUUGUGUGUGUGCGUGUCGUGUGUGUGAGUGUGUCUUAUGUGUCUACACAGCGGCGGCGGAGAAUCUCCUAACCCCACUGCUACUGCCCUCCUCUCUCUCUGUCUCGUUUAAACACACGGUGCCAAUGAUUGUCGUCGGCUAAGGAGCGAAAAAAGGGGGACCUUUUUUUUCAGUUGUUUUGACUCGGAACCUUCGGCCCUUGAGGGGCUUUUGAAAAUAAGAGAAACAAUAGCGGAAACCUUCGAAACGAAAGAGUCCAGCUCCAGCAGUUGGCGUGGCAUUUUUGCGGUGACCAGAGCCCAAGAGAUUGUCUUGUUGUCGUCUUCCAACAUUCACCACCACGACCGCAACAGAGACCGCAGGCCCAAGACGGGGGGAGAUAUCCAUUCAUUAAUAACACCUCUGCCGUGUUUUAUUUUCUGCGUGGUGCUCCGUCAUUGGAUCGGACGUCGAGACGACGACGACAAACGCAAAAAAAUUGGACUCGGAGAAAUCCAAAGAAGCAGAAACCCCCAACCCCAAAAAAUAACGGGAAUUUCACUCUGAGCGAGUGACAUCACAUUUUGGAAGUGUCCGACAGACGGAAGAGAAGGGUCGGCGGAGGCGCGGGCGGAGUAGGCGAAGUAGGCUCCACCAUCAACAGCAACAGCAGCCACAACAACAACAUGGGAAGGAAAAAAAUUCAAAUCUCGCGCAUCACCGACGAACGGAACCGGCAGGUGACGUUCACCAAGCGCAAAUUCGGUCUGAUGAAGAAAGCCUACGAGCUGUCGGUGCUGUGCGACUGCGAGAUCGCACUGAUCAUCUUCAGCAGCUCCAACAAGCUGUUCCAGUACGCCUCCACCGACAUGGACAAAGUGCUGCUCAAAUACACCGAAUAUAACGAGCCGCAUGAGUCGAGAACUAACAACGACAUCGUAGAGGCGUUGAACAAGAAAGAGCACAAGAAUGGUGGCUGCAGUCCCGACAGUCCCGGUGAGGAUGUCGACGCCACCGAUUACACGCUGACGCCCAGGACCGAGGCCAAGUACAACAAAAUUGACGAAGAAUUUCAGAUGAUGAUGCAACGCAAUCAACACCACAACGGCGCCCAAAGGAGUGGAGGCUACACGAUGCCCGUCACGAUGCCCGUCAAUCCAGGCCCUUACGGCGAUCCCGGCUCCAUGUUACACGCCAGCCCGCAAAUGGUGGGCGGCCAUUCUAGCGUCAGCCCACGGCCGGCGUCCUCUACCGGCAUGCUGGACGUUGGCGGAAGCAACAACGGAUACGGGUCCAGCCAGCCGGCCAGUUCUCCCAUACCGGAAAGUCCGACGCCACCACCGCCACCUCCGUCGGCUCUCAGGAGUUCCAGCUCGAUGGCCAACCGGUCCCUCUCGCCACAGCAGCAACACUUGGCCGGUUCUCAGCGACACAAUUUAAGACUAGCCAUCCCCGGCAAUCAAGCUGGACUUGCCAUAUCAAGCCACGAUAGAGGUGGAGGGGGCGGGGGUAACAGCAGUUUGAAUACGCCCGUCGUCCCACUGCAGACUCCCGGCCUGUCUGGAUUGUAUCAAUCCAGUUAUUCUGGUCACGGCGGUGUAGGAGGCGGAGGAGCUCAAGGACAACCUGAUUUCAAUUUACCUUCCGACAUGGUACUCACCUCUUUGCACGCCGUUCACGCCGGAUGGGGUGCAGCUCCGUCAACCAACUCCGGCAACAGCAACUCCUCAUCAUCUUCCGGCGGAAUAGUUCACCACACCGGCCACCUGCCCAACAAUAUUCAUUUAGGGUCCUUGUCCCAUUUGACAGUGCCCAAUUCAGGGUCUCAGCGACCGCCCAGUGCGCCCCUGUCACCGUCACCGGUGGCGCUCAAAAUCAAAAGUGAGCCGAUAUCCCCGCCCCGGGAAGCCAUGGGCCUUCAGGGAGGUGGUAUGGGUAGCGGAUUGGGAUCGUCUUUGGCGCCACUGCCAACCGGUAUGAGCCUGAUGCAACGUCCUUCGUCGUCAUCAGAUCAUCAUCUGUCACCGUCUGGUCACCUCACUCCGACAGGGUCGUCACCAGAUCCGGGUCACCAUAGCCAUUCAGAAUACGAUUCGAUGCCAUUGCACAAAAGACCUCGAAUCGCCGAGGGCUGGGGUGCAUCUUAGGAGGAUGCCAAUCCAUCUGAAGAGGAAUCAACAACAACAACAACAACAAAGAAAAAACAAAACCCAAUCGGCACCACCGACUCCAGCAUCCAAAUAACCAUGGACCGGGGGAGUAGUUUUGCUUGCAUAUCUCUCACUCUUUCCCUCUCUCUCUCUCUCUCUCUCACUUUCACUCGUUUGUCUCUCCGACGGAAAACACACACACGGAUACAUACAAAGUCAGGAAAUGUGCUUCUACGAAUAAUCAGAAACAUUAUCCCCUACCCCUUCCCGUUUUUAUUGGGCGGACCGAACAUCAACAACAUUCAAAAACAGACAAGAUUUCAUCAUUUUUACAAAAGAAGAAGAGGAAGCAUUGUCUCUUAUUUUUGAGUUUCGCUCCAGGGAUAUUUGUACACACACACACACUCUCUCUCUUUCUCUCUCUUAAGAAACCAACUGUGUUGUUCUUUUUUGGCAGUCUGAAUUUAUUUGAAGGAACGUGUUUCGUCGGCGCCAAAUAUCAUCAUCAAAAAAUGACACUCAACCAACGUAACAAUUACCCCCCCCCCUCCCUUUAUCCCUAUUCCCCGUACCUUUAAAAAAAAAAUUGUGGACAAGUGAUCAGUGAUAGUGCCUGAAAGACCGCGAAGAGAUUGCGUGACGAGGAAGAAAAACCAAAAAAAGAAAAAAAAUAAGUUAAACUUUAUAUAAUACUAUUAUUAUGUAAUAACAAGACACUCGACACGCAAGUUUUGACACCUCAAACUUGGUGUUUUGUUGUGUACAAGUUUGUCUUUCCUCUUAAUUUCGUGUUUGUUGUUGGGAGGGUUCAAUAUUUUUGGAAUAGUAGCACAAAAAAUCGGUUGUGAGAACAGAGACAAAACCGCUGGAAGAAGAACGGGGAGAGACCAAAAACAAUUUGCUUAAUGAGGAAAUGAAAAAUGUGUUAUAUUUUUCUUUUUUCUUUUCUUGUUUUCUUGAUGGACUCAAUUAUUCUUUCACGCCAUGCCUCGUUAUUCUUGCCCCCGGCAAUUUAGUUGUAGUACUACUACUUACUGUACAGCAGUAUAUACCGAUUGGAAAGAGUUAUUUAGUUAUCAAAAGUGCCUCUCCCUUUCCACUUUUCUUUUCAUAAUGUGUUUGUAUCGAGCCCUCGCUGUGAAUUUAUUACCCAUUCAUUUGUUUUCUCUUUUUUUUUUGAGAGAGAGGUUUUCGUUCGUGCAAAACUCACGAAACGGGUCAACUUUUUUUCACUUUUUUAAUUGAAUCAAAGACGAGGAGGGACGUUAAAGCAAAUUUUCUCUUUCUGUGACGGUUUUGUUUGUAAAACUGGUCAAAUAUUAUAUCGGCUUAGGGCCGUUCUGUGUUAGAAAUCAAUUACGUGUGUGUGUGUGUAUUUUUAUUACAUUUUUCGGGGCGGGGGAAGAGGAUUCGUCAAAGACAAAAAGGAGAAGAUGAAAAGAAGUUGGAGAUCUAUGUGUGCUGUUUAUCACGUUUUACCGAGAGAAAUUUUUUUUUUUUUUUUAGUUUCUUUUCAUGUCGAUUGUUAAUUUAUUUCGUAACGCCCGCGCCCACAUAAUUGCUUUUUUUUUUUUUACAUUUGGGACGGGCGACCAGGAAUUGUUUAACAACAAAAAAAGAUGGCCAAGACUGUUAAAAAAGAAAAGAAAAAAAAUUCACCCUGUGUCGGUGAUUGUUGUUGUCGCACCGAUUUGAUUCCCAGUUCAAACCAAACUUUUUCUUCCUUUUCUAUUUUUUCUUUUUUUCUUUUGAAUUUCAUUCAUUAAUGAAUUAUAAACUAAUUAUCGAUUUUUUUGUGUCAUAAUUAUUAUUACAAUUGAAUAUUGACGUGACUAGAUAUUUUGAUUGAUGCCCAGUACCUUAUCGCCGAAAGGAAACACAAAAGAUUUGAAAAAUUUUGAAAGAAAGAGAGAGAGAGAGAAUCAAAGAGAAUGGAUUUCGUAGUCGGGUGUGGUCCUAUUUUUGCUAAAUCGUCUUUUUUUUUCUUUCAUCGUUGUCGUUUAUACGUGACGACGGCGGUUGUAACGCUCAAACAAACAAACAAAACAAAAAAAUUCAGAAAUUUACCAUAAAUGGCGUCGUCCCCCCCAAAAUCGCCCGAUAAUUUGGAUAAGGAUAGCGGAGAAUGUGUGUGUGUGUGCGUGUGUGUGUGUGCUUUAGAGAUAAUUAUUCAAACCGAGUUUCAUAUCGACUCGUGCGAGUGUGUGCCUGUUUCUCCCCUCCCAAUGUCACAUGAAUUUUGAUUAUUUGUAUUUGUGCGGGUGUUUGAGAUCUUUCUUCACCGAUGUAACACAACGUUGCCAACGCUAAUGUGAAUUCAAACAAGAAAAGAAAAAGAAUUGUGUUUUGUUCGUUUUUUUUUUCUUUUUUGGGGGGGUUUAGCAUCUUCUGCUGCCUCAAAACAAGAAUAACAAAUGUUCGUGUGCUCCCCUCUUGAUAUCAAAUGUGUUUCUUCAUCUCUUUCUCACUGUCUCUAUCUUUCAAAUUUCCCGCCCAUACACAAAUAUAUUUGAAUUUGAAAUCUAUAUGUUUCACACACACACACACACACACACACCUACCCGUGUAUAAAAGAAAAUUUCGUAACAAAAAUGGCCUUCCUUUCUCGACAAAGAAAACAAAAAAUCCUCCGCCUAUGAAAUCCCUCCCUUGAUCCCUCCCCAGAUAUACAUUAUAUAUAUAUACAUUAUAUCAUCGUGUUUUCUCUACUAACCUAUCCCCUUCUAUUUUCCUUACAAUUUCAACAAAUAUUUUCGCCAAGAAAAAAAAAAAAUGCGAAAACAAGUGACGACAAAACAAUCAUCAAGUAAAGGGAAAGACAAAAUUUUCAAAAUUCUUCAAAUUUGUUCAUUUGUAAUUCAAACCAAAUGAAAUAUUGUGCUGCUGUGUGUGUAAUUUUUCUGUUUGUUUAGAGACGAUUUUUCUUUUUUUCUUUUUUUUAAAUUUUCGAGCCGCGAGCGCGCCGUGUUCUGUUAUUAUUAUAUCAUCGGUAGUGUGUGUUGUGUUCAUUUACAUCUUACGACCAAUAGUUGGAUUUUCUCCCCUCUCCUUGUAAUUUUUUUUUUU